AUGGGGGAGCCAGAUACUGAUAAAGAUGUUCUGGAUUCCUGUUCGGAUUCUGAUUGGGAAAUAGAAGAUCAGCAGAGACUCAGUGGUAUCCUGAAAACACCGAGAAAACGAGGUAGAGCUCUGCCAUACCACACCACGCCUGCUAAGCUUGCCAAAAUAGAUGAAACUAUCACAAUUUCGCCCAUGGACCAUGAAAAGAACAGAAUCAAGGAUGUCUGGAAAAACAGAUUAAAGAACGAUUUUAAGAAGGACUUGUGGAAGCCUUCUAUGCCUUGUAAGACAGACAUCUAUGAAUGGAUGAAGAAAAACGAGUGGGAUGAGAGUCAGGAAAACUGGAAACGCAUCAAAAACUUCUUCAGUGGAAUCCUGAAGAAUGUUAGGGAGAUAAGGACGGCUAAACUGGAGCUUGAAUCCAGAAAUAAAAAACAGGAUCGUAGUGUUUUUAUCAAUUUGGCUGUGGGUAAAAAUAUUGCUUACAGGGUUGGGUUCAGUAUUCUACGGGUUUUUAAAUUACUGUAUCUCUUGAGUGUUAGUUACCUGAGAGAAGGUUGAGUUUAGUAUUCUCAAGGUCUCUUAUACUACAAGGUGUCUCAAAAAACGGGGAACAAGGAUACACAGACUCGUUUGUAAUCGUAUUUUCAAGAUUGAGACCAUUUUAAAAAUCUAUUUCCAAUUCAAAAAGACUAAAUUUAGGCUUG